AUGCCUGCGGUGGACACUGAGAGUCCACUUGACCUGAAGAUUGAACCAAGCUACACACCGACAGACGACAUUAGUGUUGCUUCUCCAUCGCUGAACCCGGAUGAUGACAAGUCACAGAGUCAGUCCGGCGAGCCAUUCAUGUUCUGUACGUAUUGUGCCGAACAGAAGAGCCAGAAGACGUUCAAAGCAAAGUCUGACUGGAAGAAACAUGAGAUGAGGAUGCACGAGACUGGAGAAGACUGGCCAUGUGUCGUCAACGGUUGCAAUCGCAUUUUCGACCGACAGAAAGAUUUCAUCAAGCAUCAUCAACGCUACCAUGCCGGUCGACCCCUGCCGUCGCUGACAGACAUUGGCAUCACAUUAUUGCCGCGAAGAGUGUUUGGUUGUGGGUUCGAUAAGUGCAAAGAAGUCAGCAUCGGUUGGGAUGAGCGAUGCGACCACGUCGCGAAGCACAUGAAGAAUGGCGCGACGAUGGACCAGUGGAAAUACUCUAAUGUGAUCAGGAACCUGAUACGACAGGAGGCUCUCCACGACACAUGGAAAGAGCUUAUCGGUUGCUUGGACGAGAGAUUGCGAGAGAGUCGGUCGCAGAUUAGUUGGUGUCCCGACAACUCGCGAAUCCUCCGACAGAAGCUCCAGUGCUGUGACCUUCGACCGAGUCGGGAAGAGGUUUUGAUUACCGCCUUGAGUCUACGCGCUGAUAUACCCCUGGACCCUGUGCAUCAACAGCUACCCACCGGCUUCGUAACUCCCUCGAGAGAUUCCGUGCCGCAUGUCGAGAAGCUGUCGCGCGAACAGCGGAUGCAUAUACUCAUCGGAAACUCGAAUCCACAUCACUCACGAGCGCGCCUUGCGAGUAUCAACGCAGCUUUGCUGCGCAUCAGUAGUUCGUUGGCGCACGUACCUGACUAUGAUUGCGGCUCGUCUCCAUUUGUGGAGCCGCAGACGCCUGGUGCGCCCGCAGUGGAUACGGCCAGCCGCCGUAUCAGUUAUAUGGACGUGGACCCUGGAGAUUACCUGGACGUAGCGCAACCGGCUAUUCCAGAUCUCCCACCGGCUAUGACGACAUCUACAAUGCAUACACCCCAUGCACACCCCACGCCAGUCAUGGAUCACGAGCAGCACACACAGUUGUAUCCACAGGAGUACAUGGACCAAGUCAAGGUCACACCCAACCCACUGGAAUCACUGUAUCCCAACUACUUCGGUGCUGCUCCCCAGUUCGAAGAGUCGCAGUACUACGACCGCCCCUCGUUCGGUCAAAUGAUAUCGAAGCCGCUCCACAAGAUAGGUAGUCGGAUAAGCAGCUCAAGAGGCAGCUCUUCGAAUCAGAGACCAUCAUCGCAGAUGAGUCAAGCUUCGUCAGAGAUGCUUCCUGACUACAGUGUUGCCGCAAUGGGGACCUUUGCCGGCGACAUCGACAACGAACUUCUUGCAAAAACUUCUGUUGCGGACUUCCAUAGUCGUUACCAUCAACGCCAGUCGAUCCCUGUUAGCCUUGAUAUUCAUAAUCCUCUACCUCCUCUGCAUCAGCUAUACGUUAUAUCGCGUUAUAACAAGGAUGAUGAUACCGAUUCGAUGGGUACGCUCCCAUCUGACAUCAAGGGCUACCUUCUGAGCAACAUCGAGAUCUAUCUGCUCAAUCACAUCGAAGACAACGAUAUCAUAGCCUCUGGACUGCCGAGUUUCAUACACAAGGUUACGGACAAGCUCAUGGAGUUUGCUACCACGGGCACAGAUCAUUCCGUUCUGCGAAAGGACUAUCUGAACGCACUUAUCCAUGGUCUAGUCCUUACAAACGAAGUUGCCCCACGGACUAUGUUCGACACAAAGCCAUUGACGUUGGACUCGGUCUUUACACCAAUCUUCAGACCUGGUUCGCACAGCAUAGCGGAAAGGGAACGGGACCAUCUCAACUCUGCACAAGAGAACGUCAACGACAUGCUGGCAGCAGCAGCUACAGUAGGGAGUCUCGCAGCUGUUCGUCACUACAUUUCGCAAUCUGCUGAGGUUAUUGACUGGUUCCCCAAAUACUUUGCUGGCUUUGGUAACCCUUUGACCGCAGCAGCUUCCAGUGAAAAUGUCGAAGUUCUUGAGUGUCUGCUCACAGAAGUCAACAAUGAGCUCACGAAGCGGCGUUUCGCUCGGAUACAGCACGGUCGUACCACCCGGUGUGGUCCACUCACAGAGACUAUCACUUCCGCAAUAAGAUUCGCAGUUCGGACCGGAAAAUUGAGGGCCGUCGUCACACUGUUUAACUUCUUGCCAAGAUGCCGCGUUGAAAUACCAGCACAUAUGAAGACCCGGUCAUACUACCUUACCGAUGCCAUGAGGUGGGGACAGAUGGACGUGUUCAUAUGGCUCAUAGACCAAUGGAAUCCUCGAACCGCCGACCUGCCCUAUUGGAAUGCCCUGACUGCAGGCUUACGUCUUGCGGUCAAACAUGGUCAUACCAACAUUGUGCAAUACGUCUUCGACAAAGGUUUGGUACAUCCAGAUGAUGCGGACGUCAACACUGUGCUCAUCGCUGCGACACACGGUCAUCGCGCUAUCAUACAACUGGCGCUCGACCGAGGCGUUCAGCUUACGAUGCGGGACCUCAUCGCGGCGCUGAACGGAUCACUUCCCUUCCUCAUCACCCAAUAUCUUCUGCUUCACAACGUUCCACUCACGUCUGUGACCAACGUGGAAGAUGGAAGGUCCAUCACUACUUCCAUCGUUCCUACAGUCGAAGCGCUCUGUCGAGAAUCUAUCCACAUUCCUUUCGGCGAUUACAACGCGGUUCGGGGCGGGGAAAAGGUGCUGGCGUUCAUACUCUUGGCGAGCGAGAUGAGACGACAGAUUCCAGAGCUUACGUUGGACAACUGUGUUGAGCUGAAGAAGGUGUUCGAUAGGCUGGUCAGAAAGUGUCUGCGCUUGCCAAGGGGGUCAAUUCCGUAUCUUGAGAUGGUUGAAGAGCUGCACAGCUGGAUGGAGUGGGGAGAUGGACGAGAGUGGGCAAAUUGUGAGGUCUAG